GGCGGGUGCCGCGUGCGCCCGAGGACCCGGCCGGAAAGCUUGCGCCUGCUCAGGAUGAGGACAGACUGGGCGAGCCCUCGCCGCCCGGCGGGGCUCCUCAUGCUACUCCUCUGGUGCUUCGAGCUCGCGGAACCCUCUGGCCGCGCAGCUAAUGACCCUUUCACCAUCGUCCAUGGAAAUACGGGCAAGUGCAUCAAGCCAGUGUAUGGCUGGAUAGUAGCAGAGGACUGUGAUGAAACUGAGGACAAGUUAUGGAAGUGGGUGUCCCAGCAUCGGCUCUUUCAUUUGCACUCCCAAAAGUGCCUUGGCCUAAAUAUUACCAAAUCGGUGAAUGAGGUAAGAAUGUUCAGCUGUGACUCCAGUGUCAUGCUGUGGUGGAAAUGUGAGCACCACUCUCUGUACAGUGCUGCCCGGUACCAGCUGGCUCUGAAGAAUGGGCAUGGCGCAGCAAUCUCAAAUGCAUCUGAUAUCUGGAAGAAAGGAGGCUCAGAGGAAAGCCUUUGUGACCAGCCUUAUCACGAGAUCUAUACCAGAGAUGGGAACUCCUACGGGAGACCUUGUGAAUUUCCAUUCUUAGUUGAUGGGACCUGGCAUCAUGAUUGCAUCCUUGAUGAGGAUCAUAGUGGGCCAUGGUGUGCCACCACCUUAAAUUAUGAAUAUGACCGAAAGUGGGGCAUCUGCUUGAAGCCUGAAAACGGUUGUGAAGAUAAUUGGGAAAAGAACGAGCAGUUUGGAAGUUGCUACCAAUUUAAUACUCAGACGGCUCUUUCUUGGAAAGAAGCUUAUGUUUCAUGUCAGAAUCAAGGAGCUGAUUUACUGAGCAUCAACAGUGCUGCUGAAUUAACUUACCUUAAAGAAAAAGAAGGCAUUGCUAAAAUUUUCUGGAUUGGUUUAAAUCAGCUAUACUCUGCUAGAGGCUGGGAAUGGUCAGAUCACAAACCAUUAAACUUUCUCAACUGGGAUCCAGACAGACCCAGUGCACCUACUAUAGGUGGCUCCAGCUGCGCAAGAAUGGAUGCUGAGUCUGGUCUGUGGCAGAGCUUUUCUUGUGACGCUCAACUUCCCUAUGUCUGCAGGAAACCAUUAAAUAAUACGGUGGAGUUAACAGAUGUCUGGACAUACUCAGAUACCCGCUGUGAUGCAGGCUGGCUGCCAAAUAAUGGAUUUUGCUAUCUGCUGGUAAAUGAAAGUAAUUCCUGGGAUAAGGCACAUGCGAAAUGCAAAGACUUCAGUGGUGACCUAAUCAGCAUUCAUUCUUUAGCAGAUGUGGAGGUGGUGGUCACAAAACUCCAUAAUGAGGAUACCAAAGAAGAAGUAUGGAUAGGCCUUAAGAACAUAAAUAUACCAACUUUAUUUCAGUGGUCAGAUGGUACUGAAGUUACUCUAACAUAUUGGGAUGAGAAUGAGCCAAAUGUUCCCUACAAUAAGACGCCUAACUGUGUUUCCUACUUAGGAGAGCUAGGUCAGUGGAAAGUCCAAUCAUGUGAGGAGAAACUAAAAUAUGUAUGCAAGAGAAAGGGAGAAAAACUGAACGACACAAGUUCUGAUAAGAUGUGUCCUCCAAAUGAGGGCUGGAAGAGACAUGGAGAAACCUGUUACAAGAUUUACGAGGAUGAGGUCCCUUUUGGAACAAACUGCAAUCUGACUAUCACUAGCAGAUUUGAGCAAGAAUACCUAAAUGAUUUGAUGAAAAAGUAUGAUAAAUCUCUAAGAAAAUACUUCUGGACUGGCCUGAGAGAUGUAGAUUCUCGUGGCGAGUAUAAUUGGGCAACUGUUGGUGGAACAAGGCGGUCUGUAACCUUUUCCAACUGGAAUUUUCUUGAGCCAGCUUCCCCGGGCGGCUGCGUGGCUAUGUCUACUGGAAAGUCUCUUGGAAAGUGGGAGGUGAAGGACUGCAGAAGCUUCAAAGCACUUUCAAUUUGCAAGAAAAUGAGUGGACCCCUUGAGCCUGAAGAAGCAGCCCCUAAGCCUAAUGACCCCUGUCCUGAAGGAUGGCAGAGUUUCCCCACAAGUCUUUCUUGUUAUAAGGUAUUCCAUGCAGAAAGAAUUGUGAGAAAGAGGAACUGGGAAGAAGCUGAACGAUUCUGCCAAGCCCUUGGAGCACACCUUUCUAGCUUCAGCCGUGUGCAUGAAAUAAAGGAAUUUCUUCACUUUUUAACAGACCAGUUCAGUGGCCAGCGUUGGCUGUGGAUUGGUUUGAAUAAAAGGAGCCCAGAUUUACAAGGAUCAUGGCAAUGGAGUGAUCGUACACCAGUGUCUACUAUUAUCAUGCCAAAUGAGUUUCAGCAGGAUUAUGACAUCAGAGACUGUGCUGCUGUCAAGGUAUUUCAUAGGCCAUGGCGAAGAGGCUGGCAUUUCUAUGAUAGAGAAUUUAUUUAUUUGAGGCCUUUUGCUUGUGAUACAAAACUUGAAUGGGUGUGCCAAAUUCCAAAAGGCCGUACUCCAAAAACACCAGACUGGUACAAUCCAGAGCGUGCUGGAAUUCAUGGACCUCCACUUAUAAUUGAAGGAAGUGAAUAUUGGUUUGUUGCUGAUCUUCACCUAAACUAUGAAGAAGCCGUCCUGUACUGUGCCAGCAAUCACAGCUUUCUUGCUACUAUAACAUCUUUUGCGGGACUAAAAGCCAUCAAAAACAAAAUAGCAAAUAUAUCUGGUGAUGAACAGAAGUGGUGGAUAAGAAUUAACGAGCAGCCAAUAGAUGAUCAUUUUACCUACUCACGAUAUCCAUGGCACCGCUUUCCUGUGACAUUUGGAGAGGAAUGCUUGUACAUGUCUGCCAAGACUUGGCUUAUCGACUUAAGUAAACCAACAGACUGUAAUACCAAGUUGCCCUUCAUCUGUGAAAAAUAUAAUGUUUCUUCAUUGGAGAAAUACAGCCCAGAUUCUGCAGCUAAAGUGCAAUGUUCUGAGCAAUGGAUUCCUUUUCAGAAUAAGUGUUUUCUAAAGAUCAAACCCAUGUCUCUCACAUUUUCUCAAGCAAGCGAUACCUGUCACUCCUAUGGUGGCACCCUUCCUUCAGUGCUGAGCCAGAUUGAACAAGACUUUAUUACAUCCUUGCUUCCGGAUAUGGAAGCUACUUUAUGGAUUGGUUUGCGCUGGACUGCCUAUGAAAGGAUAAACAAAUGGACAGAUAACAGAGAGCUGACAUACAGUAACUUUCACCCAUUAUUGGUUAGUAGGAGACUGAGAAUACCAGAAAAUUUAUUUGAGGAAGAGUCUCACUACCACUGUGCCCUAAUUCUCAACCUCCAAAAAUCACCGUUUAUUGGGACGUGGAAUUUUACAUCCUGCGGUGAACGCCACUUUGUGUCUCUCUGUCAGAAAUAUUCAGAAUAUCAAAUAGCCUUCCCGUGGGUGCUGAAAGGAGAUUAUUCCCUUGGAAAAGCCAGAUUUAUGUAUUUAUUUAAGAUUCAGGGGGAUGAACUCAACUUUGGUUGGUCAGAUGGGAAACGUCUUCAUUUUAGUCGCUGGGCUGAAACUAAUGGGCAACUUGAAGACUGUGUAAUAUUAGACACUGAUGGAUUCUGGAAAACAGCUGAUUGCAAUGACAAUCAACCAGGUGCUAUUUGCUACUAUUCAGGAAAUGAGACUGAAAAAGAGGUCAAACCAGUUGACAGUGUUAAAUGUCCAUCUCCUGUUCUAAAUACUCCAUGGAUACCAUUUCAGAACUGUUGCUACAAUUUCAUAAUAACAAAGAAUAGGCAUAUGGCAACAACACUGGAUGAAGUUCAUUCUAAAUGCCAGAAACUGAAUCCAAAAUCACAAAUUCUGAGUAUUCGAGAUGAAAAGGAGAAUAACUUUGUUCUUGAGCAACUUCUGUACUUCAAUUAUAUGGCUUCAUGGGUCACGUUGGGAAUAACUUAUGAAAAUAAUUCUCUUAUGUGGUUUGAUAAGACCCCACUGUCAUAUACACAUUGGAGAGCAGGAAGACCAAGUAUAAAAAAUGAGAAGUUUUUGGCUGGUUUAAGUACUGAUGGCUUCUGGGAUAUUAAAACCUUUAAUGUUAUUGAAGAAACACUUUAUUUUCACCAGCACAGCAUUCUUGCUUGUAAAAUUGAAAUGGUUGACUACAAAGAAGAAUAUAAUACUACAUUGCCACAGUUUAUGCCAUAUGAAGAUGGUAUUUACAGUGUUAUUCAAAAAAAGGUAACGUGGUAUGAAGCGUUAAACAUGUGUUCUCAAAGUGGAGGUCACUUGGCAAGCGUUCACGACCAAAAUGGCCAGCUCUUCCUGGAAGAUAUUGUAAAACGUGAUGGAUUUCCACUGUGGGUUGGGCUCUCAAGUCAUGAUGGAAGUGAAUCAAGUUUUGAAUGGUCUGAUGGUAGUAUAUUUGACUACAUUCCAUGGAAAGGCCAAACAUCUCCUGGAAAUUGUGUCCUCUUGGACCCAAAAGGAACUUGGAAACAUGAAAAAUGCAACUCUGUUAAGGAUGGUGCUAUUUGUUAUAAACCUACAAAAUCUAAAAAGCUGUCCCAUCUUACAUAUUCAUCAAGAUGUCCAACAGUAAAAGAGAAUGGGUCACGGUGGAUCCAGUACAGGGGUCAUUGUUACACAUCUGAUCAGGCAUUGCACAGUUUUUCAGAGGCCAAAAAAUUGUGUUCCAAACAUGAUCAGUCUGCAACUAUCGUUUCCAUAAAAGAUGAAGAUGAGAAUAAAUUUGUGAGCAGACUGAUGAGGGAAAAUAAUAAUAUUACCAUGAGAGUUUGGCUUGGAUUAUCUCAACAUUCUGUUGACCAGUCUUGGAGUUGGUUAGAUGGAUCAGAAGUGACAUUUGUCAAAUGGGAAAAUAAAAGUAAGAGUGGUAUUGGAAAAUGUAGCAUGUUGAUAGCUUCAAAUGAAACUUGGAAAAAUGUUGAAUGUGAACAUGGCUUUGGAAGAGUUGUCUGCAAAAUGCCUCUGGGCCCUGAUUACACAUCAAUAGCUAUCACAGUUGCCACACUAAGUAUCUUAGUUCUCAUGGGCGUACUGAUUUGGUUCGUCUUCCAAAGGCACCGUUUGCACCUGGCGGGCUUCUCAGCAGUUCGAUAUGCACAAGGAGUGAAUGAAGAUGAGAUUAUGCUUCCUUCUUUCCAUGACUAAAUUCUUCUCAAAGUUUUCUAAUUUGCACUAAUAUGUUACAAAAAAUUAGUCACUUAAAAUGUCCCAGUGUCAGUAUUUACUCUGCUUCAAAGUAGAACUCUUAAGUACUUUUUCAGUUGUUUAGAUCUUAGGCAUGUGCUGGUAUCCACAGUUAAUAGCUUGCUAAAUGCCAUGUUUAUCACCCCAAUUAAUAGAAUGGAGAGGACUCCAAAGCUGGAACUGAAGUCCAAAUUGUUUGUACAGUAAUAUGUUUAAUGUGCAUUUUCUCUAUAUGAAUGUGAUUGGUAACUAGAAUAUGUCUAUUUUAAUAGAAGUUUUUUUAUAAAACUUCUUAGAAAAUUUAAAUUGGCAUAUUACUAGGUGACAUGUCUACUUUUUAAUUUUUAAGAGCAUCUGGCCAAAUGCAAAAUUAGUACCUCAAAGUAAAAAUUGAACUGUAAACUCUAUCAACCUUGUUUCAAAAUAGUCAUUUUUAGCAAUGGGGAAAAAUAAACAAUAAGACAUGCUUACUUUUUAAUUUUAAUUUUAAUUUUUUUUUUUGAGAGUGAUGUCUCUCUGUCACCCAGGCUGGAGUACAAUGGCGUGAUCCUGGCUCACUGUAAAUCUUCGCCUCCCAGGUUCAAGCGAUUCUCCUGCCUCAGCCCCCUGAAUAGCUGGGAUUACAGGUGCCCACCACCAUGCCCGGUUAAUUUUUGUAUUUUUAGUAGAGAUAGGGUUUCACCAUGCUGGCCAGGCUGGUCUCGAACUCCUGACCUCAGGUGAUCCUCCUGCCUCGGCCUCCCAAAGUGCUGGGAUUACAGGCUUGAGCCACCGCACCUGGCUUCUGCUUACUUUUUAUACAGCAAAAUGAUUCCUCUUGGCAAAAUGCUUCCUAUAUUAUUCCAAAGUUAUUUCAUACCAAUAUUAUGUAAAUAUGAAGAGUUUUUUUCUGUUUAUAACUGUUCAUAAAACAAUGACUUUUAAAGAUUUAGUACUUAACAUUUUCUGAAGUGUGGGAACAUUAUUUUUAGAUUGAGUAGGUACCCUGUAGCAGUGUGCUUUGUAUUUUCUGAUGUAUUACAUGACUGUUUCUCUUGUAAAGAGAAUCAACUAGGUAUUUAAGAUUGAUAAUUUUGCAAUUUAUGUACUUCACAUAGCAUGUCAACUUUGGACUAAGAAUUUUGUUUUACUUUUUUUACACAUGUUAAACAGAGAAAGGGUCCAUGAAGGAAAGUAUAUGAGUUGCAUUUGUAAAAAUGAGACUUUUUCAGUAGAACUCUAAACCUUGUGAUGACUACUAACAGAUUUAAAAUUAUGAGUGAUUAAGAAAACAUUGCUUUGUGGUUAUGACUUUAAGUUUUGACACCUAGAUUAUGUUCUUAGUAAUAGCAUCCACUGGAAAAGGUGAAUGUUUUAUUCAGCAUUUAACUUACAUUUGUACUUUAGAGUAUUUUUGUAUAAAAUCCAUAGAUUUAUUUUACAUUUAGAGUAUUUACACUAUGAUAAAGUUGUAAAUAAUUUUCUAAGACAGUUUUUAUAUAGUCUACAGUUGUCCUGAUUUCUUAUUGAAUUUGUUAGACUGUUAGACUAGUUCUCUUGUCCUAUGAUCUGUCUACAAUUUUAGUCAUUAAGACUUUCCUCCAAGAACUAAGCCAAAUUGAUGUGAAAAGCACAGCUGUAUAUAAUGGUGAUGUCGUAAUAAAGUUGUUUUAUCUUUUAAGUAAAAGUAAAAA